ACAGCAUAAUAAUCAGAAUAAGAGAAAUCCCGCAGCGAGUCGCCAGAGUAUUGGAACACGUAAACAUCAUGGCCGGGGAGGAAGACAAACCUCUGGACGAUUCCAAGAGUUAUAUGGGCAUUCCCGAGGCCCAGUUUGUUGAAGAUGUUGAUGCCUUCAUGAACAAAGAAGACAAUGCCAAUGAUGCACAGAGUGUUAUCAUGCGGCUGGAUGAACAACUGAACAAAUAUAAGUUUAUGGAAGCGCAUUUGCAAGCGAGGCGCAAGAAGUUGAAAUCCCAAAUUCCAGAUAUUAAGAGUUCUCUACAAAUUGUAAAAGAGAUGAAGGCCAGAAAAGAUACAGCUGAUGCUAUCGAGACUAAAUUCUUACUGUCUGACCAAGUGUACAUGAAGGCCAAAAUUCCACCAACAGAUCGAGUGUGUCUUUGGCUUGGAGCUAAUGUAAUGUUGGAAUAUGGGCUUGAAGAUGCUGAGAGCCUUUUGUCAAAAAACUUGAAUAAUGCAACAAAGAACCUAUCACAGGUAGAGCACGACCUUGACUUCCUUAGGAAUCAAGGAACAACGACGGAGGUGACAAUGGCUCGAAUUUACAAUUGGGAUGUCAAAAGGCGAAGGGCGGCAAAAGCUGCAUCAUAAGCAUGAAAAUUUCCUGUGCUAAUUUUAGAAAUAAAAUAUCUCCUAAUAUGUCUCUGAAAUUUAGUGAAAAUUACCCUAAAGAGAAAAAAAAAAGUUGCUACCAUGUGAAGUUAUGGACAAGUAAUCAAUUUGUUACUUUUAAGUGCCCUUAAUUUUUGCCAAAGAAAGGUUAUUUGUUUUUUGGUUGAGUUUCAACAACAAGGUCAGUGUGCUUACAGGGCAGAGAAUUGAUGGAGACAUUGCUAGUCCUUUUCACUGAACAUGUGAUGAGAGAACACAGUUAACUGCACAAUGUCUCUUGUACCAUCAGGAUGUAGCACCUUUUGGCUGGCUUACUUAUACAAAAGAAAAGAAAAAAAAAAGCUUUAUAGAUUCCACUGCAUUGCCAUGUGACAUAUCACUAAAUACCUGUUGUAUACUCACUCUCCUUUUAUAUAUUCUUUACUUCUUGUCAAAAAGGAUAAUCUGAUGUCAAAAUUAGAAAACCAAUAGCAGUGUAGAUCAAAAUGAAAUUUCUUCAUUGUAACCAGAUUUUUCAAUAUAUCCUAUGUUUAAUAUCUUUAUUAUACAUUUGAUGUGUGAAAGACGUAAAACAGCAUAAGCAUCUUGCCCAAUUUGCUUCUAGAGAAUUUGUGUAGGAUUAAUUGUUUUUUUCAGAUCUGUCUGGUAGAAAGUGACAAGUUGGUAAAGAAUGUACAAUUGAAAUUGAAGCCUGAGAAGCAAAGUUCUGUCAUGUGUCAGAUCCCAGAAGCCUCAGUCCCAUAGCUCACAUAUUGCUACUUUAUUAAUAUCUUGAAAGUUAUUAAUAUCUUAACAUAUUGCAGCAUUAUUAUAAUGUGAUCUUACGUUUUGGUUAAUCAUCUCUUUCUAUAUGUUUCUGCUUAUCUGGAAAUAAAAAAUGAAAGUC